AUGCAUCAAACGCCUCAAGAGUUGCUCAUUUUCGUCGUGAGUGGUGUCAAGAACACGGUUGAUGCCGCCAAAAACAAGGUCGAGGCCGCCAAGGACAGCGUCGUGAGUGGUGUCAAGAACACGGUUGAUGCCGCCAAAAACACGGUAGAGGCCGCCAAGGACAGCGUCGUGAGUGGUGUCAAGAACACGGUUGAUGCCGCCAAAAACAAGGUGGAGGCCGUCAAGGACAGCGUCGUGAGUGGUGUCAAGAACACGGUCGAUGCCACCAAAAACACGGUAGAGGCCGCCAAAGACAGUGUCGUGAGUGGUGUCAAAAGCACGGUCGAUAAGGUAGAGGCCGCCAAGGACAGAGUCGUCAGUGGUGUCAAGAACACGGUUGAUGCCGCCAAAAACAAGGUCGAGGCCGCCAAGGACAGCGUCGUGAGUGGUGUCAAGAACACGGUCGAUGCCGCCAAAAAUAAGGUAGAGGCCGCCAAGGACAGCGUCGUGAGUGGUGUCAACAUCGCGGAAAAGGUUUUUGGCCAAAAGAUGCCUUUCCGCAAUACCUUUUCCGCGAUGAAGAACACGGUCGAUGCUUCCAAGAAAAGGGUAAAUGCCGCCAAGAACAAGGUAGGUGCCGCCAAAAACAGAGUCGUGAGGGGUGUCAAGAACACGGUCGAUGCUGCUAAGAACAAGGUAAAUGCCGCCAAAAACAAGGUAGGUGCCGCCAAAAACAGAGUCGUGAGUGGUAUCAAGAACAGGGUCAAUGCUGCGAAGAAAAAGGUUAAUGCUGCCAAAAACAGCGUAGUGGGUGGUGUCAAGAACACGGUUAAUGCUGGCAAGAACAAGGUCGAUGCCGCCAGAAACAGCGUCGUGAGUGGUGUCAAGAACAAUGUCGAUGCCGCCAAGAGCAAGGUCGAGAAAGCCAAGCACAAUGUCAAGAAGGGUGCUGCUAUUGUCAAAGACAAGGCUGAGAAGUUCGCAAAGGAUAAUGAUCUGAAGAACAAGGCCUUGAGCGCGGCGCGCACGGCAGAGGACAUUGCCAGGGAGGCGGUGCAGGAGAGAGGCCAGCAAGCGAUGAUGAAUGCGGCUGCAGGGUUCACAAUGGGCGGAUUUGCAGGGGCAGCGGCAGCAGGUGGCGGCACUCUCCUGCUCGGCGCAAAGCAAGCCGCGUUCCGGCGGAUUAAUAGCAAGGCAUCCAGCCAUACCGGAGCAGUUGGGGCAGACUCUGGUGGUGCUACCACGAUGGAACUACCAAGAUUGCGCUAG